UGAUUGCACUAAUGUACACAGCUAUGAUUUAACAAUAAAAAAAAAAGAUUGAGGCUGAGAGAGGUUACAUCAUUUGCCCAAGUAAUGUAGCUAUUAAGAGGUAGAGCAGCAUUCAGACAUAAGCUCCUAACCACAGUUGAAUGGUUAGAUCAAAUAAGUAGGUGGUGUUUAAUACAGUGCCUAUCAAAUGUCUGGUUCCCAAGUGGGAGCACAAUAAAUGUUAGUUUCCUCUGCUUUCAGGUUGUCAACCCACUCUCCCCAUAUUUGUUUACCCACCCACACCUUAUUCACCAAACAUAUAACAAUAACACAUUUACAUACACUGCAGUCUUUAACAAGCUCCACACUUGUUAGACCUUGUAAUCUAGGUCAACAGGUGUCAAAUCUAUUCAUAUACCCUUCUUCCUGAUGGACUUCAGUUCACACAUGUGAAGUGAGUCCUGGGACCAACCUCUGCUCUUUCAUCUCUCCAAGGUAAAUGUCAUCCACUCUGAUACUGACUCUGGAUUACAAAACGUAGGCACGUGCAGAGCGUGAUAUACAGUUUAAUUCAACGCACUAACGACUCCUUUUUCCAUUAUCCAGGGAAAUGCAUGAAUUACCAUGACAGACGCCAAAGACGUUUGGCUCUGAUAGUGGAAACUGGGAGGCAAUGGUGUGAUGAGGGUGACUGGUGGCCACAUGGUGAAGCACUGGAACCCACCUCCCAACCACCUUAUGACACUAAGAGCACCCAAAGGACUGACUUCCAAAAGCCAACAUGUCCAUUGGUUUUUCCAGUCAAGCACAGCAAGAUACAAAAGGCUUCUUGUGGAAUAGUUCCACUUGCCUCUCCUGAUGCAUCAGAACUUCAAAAGAGUUUUAUAGAAUACAUCUCCUUUAUGCAUCAAUACGACUCCAGGAAAACUCCUAAUGAGCCCAUCCGGGGAAAGAGACAUGGAGCUUUUGUGCAGAGAGAGAUAAAACCAGGGAGUGGGCCAACAGUUCCUAAGGGAACAGAGAUAUUAUUGAAUGCUCCAGGGUCAUGUUCAUCAGAAGAGUCCAAAAAAACAGAGAAAGGAAAUUCAGCGGAAAGCAAAAUGAUCUCACCAGCUUGCCGACAGAAUUCCCAAGAGCUGUUAGAGACUAAAACUCACUUAUCAGAAACAGACGUCAGACAGGCAGCCAAAGCAUGCCCCCAAAGUCCGGAGAGCAGGGAGAAGCAGAGAGCAGAUAUAUCUCCAACAACCAUGGGAGAAGCUGUUCUUACUAGUCAUGAGCCUUUAAAUCUACCAAUAAAAAAUCAGGAUAAGUCAGGAUAA